UCCAAUCUUUACAAAAGGUUCCUUUAGUGCUGAGUCAAAGUGUGCACAAAUAAAUUCCUCUCUCUGAAGUUUUUGGGAUACAAUGCUAAUGAUCUCAGAGGUUGCAGUGUAGGAUCUUUCAACUCUCAUGCUUGUAGAGGAAAAGGGUGGAAGGGUGUUUUUAAGGAAUGGUUAAAUUUGUUGAAGCAUAUGCGGAAUGUCAAGUCCUUUAAUUCUAGUCUAUUUGUAAAAGAUGUUCUGCAAAACAGGCUUCUGGAUGACAGUGAUGCUGAAAUACAGAUGUUGGUCCUUGAGUGCCUGCUGAUGUGGAAGGACAAUUUCUUAGUUCCAUAUGAUCAACAUUUGAAUAAUUUGAUCAAUCCAAAACCUCUCAGAGAAGAAAUCACAACUUGGAGUUUAUCCAGGGAAUCUUGCCAGGUUGAAGAAGGCCACAGAGCCCAUCUUGUACCUCUCGUUAUUCGCCUCCUAAUGCCAAAGAUCAGAAAAUUGAAGACACUUGCUUCUCGAAAGCAUGCGAGCAUGCAUAAUCGAAGGGCAGUGCUGGCCUUCAUAGCACAAGUUGACGUUGACGAGCUCCCUCUUUUCUUUGUGUUGUUAAUGAAGCCGUUGCUGAUUACAUCAAAAGAUUCUGUUGAUUUGUUUUAUGUAACUGGGAGUUCUAUGGGUGAAUUUCAAGCCUUCAACUUUUUGAAGUACUUUACUGUGGAAAAUAUAACUUCCUUGCCCUGGAAGAAAAGAUAUGGAUUUAUGCAUGUAAUUCAACAUAUUCUUGAAGUUUUUGAUGAAUUACAUGCCAG